UGUCAUCAAUGCUUACGUUGAGAAAUAAUUAAAUAAUCCAUUAAAUAUUCUUUACAUUUGAUUGAAUGGUCUUAUUUUUUAGGUAUCACUUUGAUGAUCUAGCCAAGAGCUAAAAUGGCAAUACACGGGCAACAGUUUCAUACGCCAGAACUGAUUUAUUCCUCAACUUCAAUAUACCCAUUCUAGCCAGAACAGCAGAGUCACUUGAACAUGGCGGAAGUUGGGAAGUUUGAACCAGAGCAGGACAUUGAGAAGAAGAUUGUGGAGACGAGACAGAAGUUCAACAAUGUGUAUGUCCAAAGACAAGAAUCUGACAAAUAUGACUCCAGAGAUGUGGACAGGCUACAAAAGGAUGAUGCUCUGGUGGAGGCAUAUCUGACAUGGAGACUAUACUCUGUGGACGAUGCCCUGAAGAUGAUUGAUGACAGUUUCCUGUGGAGGAAAGAAUUUAGUUUGAAUGACCUCACUGAGAGCAGCAUUCCAAAGUGGAUGUUUGAGACGGGGGCUGUCUUCCUCCACGGCUACGACAAGGAAGGCAACAAGCUCUUCUGGUUCAAAGUCAAGCUCCAUACCAAGGAUGCAAAGACCAGCAUGGACAAGAAGAAGUAUGUUGCCUUCUGGCUGGAGCGCUAUGCUAAGAGAGAGCCAGGGAUGCCACUCACUGUUGUGUUUGACAUGGCCGAUUCAGGGAUCAGCAAUAUCGACAUGGAUUUUGUGAAGUAUGUAAUUAAUUGCUUCAAAGUGUAUUAUCCAAAGUUUCUAUCCAAAAUGAUCAUUGUCGACAUGCCAUGGAUCUUGAAUGCCGCAUGGAAGAUUGUGAGGACAUGGUUAGGUCCAGAAGCCAUCAGCAAGCUCAAGUUUGCAUCUAAAAAUGAGAUCCAAACAUUUAUUGGCCCUGAAUACCUGCCUCCUCACAUGGGUGGAACGGAUCCCUUCAGAUACAGCUAUCCUCCCCUUCCUGACGAUGACUUCCAAACGCCAGUAUGUGAGAACGGACCAAUCGUCAGCGAGGACGACAACGAGAGCAAGGACUUCGAAUCAGACAGCAAGGAGUUAGAGUCGAGCUUCAGCUCCGAGGUCGCCAUCGAGUCCAAAAAGGUGUAUUUCUCAGAGGAGAGCCUGAGCAGUCUGAAACUGGACGACAACGACAAAGGAGACAGUAGGCCGAAGGGAGCCAGGAAGCCACUGACCACAUUCAAGGCCCCUCUGCUACACGUCAGUCCAGCAGAGGAGCUGAGCUUUGGGUCCAAAGAGUCAGACAGGAAGUGUCUUAUCAUCCUCGAUAAUGUGUCCAAGAAUCAAGUGGCCUUCAAGGUACGAACCACAGCACCUGAGAAGUACAGAGUGAAGCCCAGCAACAGCUGCUGUGAUUCGGGCACUUCUGUGGAUAUAGUGGUGUCCUUACAUGGAGGCUACCAGGCAUCUCUGCAGGACCGCUUCCUAGUUAUGGCUGCAGAGAUGGAGCAGAACGCUGGUGCUGGAUCACCAGAGCUCGUUCACUUCUGGAAGGACGUGCCCAAAACCAAGAUCAUGGAGCACAGAUUACGAUGUCACAUCCUGGAGAGCACUAAGCCCAUCCUGACCUGUGGAAGUGACAGCCCAAUGGAAGGAGGAGCCAAUGGCCACCCGGACCUGCACACGACGCUGAUGCGUGUGAUGGUGUGUAACGCCCGGCUGGAACAGAAGCUGGACCAGUAUCUGUGGGUCCAGCAGGUUCUGAUUGGUCUGGUGCUUGUUGUCAUGAUGUUUACCUUCCUGUGUCUCUACAACCUUCCUGGGACUUCCUGACCUGACAACAUGGUCUACCUCCUCCUCCCAUCUAACAUAGAGACUACAGCAGCAGAAAGCUUAACCAACAGGAAGAGGGCUGGUGUUGGACUCAGUGAUCAUUCGAGAGUAGACUCUCUUCUCUACAAGAGCUGUCGUCAUGGAGAUGGAGGGCUGCUCUGUUCCGUAGCAGUGAGCUUGUGUAGUUGCCCAGAGAGAUUCCUCAUAGUUACCUGGGUGUUGUGAGAGGUACCGUACCUAAAGAGUCUCGACACUGUGAAAUGAAAUCAAUAAUGUAUUUUCACUACUGAUCAUGGAAUUAUACAGUGCCUUCAGAAAGUAUUAUUACCCCUUGACUUAUUCCACAUUUUUUUGUGUUACAUCCUAAAUUCAAAAUUGAUUAAAACAUACAUCAUUCUCACCCAUCUACACACAAUAGCCCAUAAUGGCAAAGUGAAAACAUGUUUAGAAUUUUUUGCACAUUUAUUGUAAAUGAAAUACAGUAAUAUAUAAUUUACAUACAGUGCCUUGCGAAAGUAUUCGGCCCCCUUGAACUUUGCGACCUUUUGCCACAUUUCAGGCUUCAAACAUAAAGAUAUAAAACUGUAUUUUUUUGUGAAGAAUCAACAACAAGUCGGACACAAUCAUGAAGUGGAACGACAUUUAAUGGAUAUUUCAAACUUUUUUAACAAAUCAAAAACUGAAAAAUUGGGCGUGCAAAAUUAUUCAGCCCCUUUACUUUCAGUGCAGCAAACUCUCUCCAGAAGUUCAGUGAGGAUCUCUGAAUGAUCCAAUGUUGACCUAAAUGACUAAUGAUGAUAAAUAAAAUCCACCUGUGUGUAAUCAAGUCUCCAUAUAAAUGCACCUGCACUGUGAUAGUCUCAGAGGUCCGUUAAAAGCGCAGAGAGCAUCAUGAAGAACAAGGAACACACCUGGCAGGUCCGAGAUACUGUUGUAAAGAAGUUUAAAUCCGGAUUUGGAUACAAAAAGAUUUCCCAAGCUUUAAACAUCCCAAGGAGCACUGUGCAAGCGAUAAUAUUGAAAUGGAAGGAGUAUCAGACCACUGCAAAUCUACAAAGACCUGGCCGUCCCUCUAAACUUUCAGCUCAUACAAGGAGAAGACUGAUCAGAGAUGCAGCCAAGAGGCCCAUGAUCACUCUGGAUGAACUGCAGAGAUCUACAGCUGAGGUAGGAGACUCUGUCCAUAGGACAACAAUCAGUCGUAUAUUGCACAAAUCUGGCCUUUAUGGAAGAGUGGCAAGAAGAAAGCCAUUUCUUAAAGAUAUCCAUAAAAAGUGUUGUUUAAAGUUUGCCACAAGCCACCUGGGAGACACACCAAACAUGUGGAAGAAGGUGCUCUGGUCAGAUGAAACCAAAAUU